AUGUCGCUGGUGGGCGAGAGCAAGAGCCUCUUCCGGACCGGAGCGUGGGUUGUCUUCAGAGAUGGCGGUUCCACGAUGGGAACCUGUAGGGUUUUCAUGGCUGCCCCUGGUGUCAUCCGACAGUGUAAUCUGGCCGUGAAGAAGACCAUCAUGAGGCUUCACCGGGUCAAGCUGGACCCGGCGAUGCGCAGCCUCGGCGACACCUACGCGCGGAAGGAGUUCCGGCUCCACGCCAAGCCGCAGGUGCAGGAGGCACAUAAACAGAUGUUCCUCAAGGAAUGGAGAGCUUAUGUGGCCUUGUGCUUCCUGCAGAAGGCUGUGAACAUCCCUCAAAAGCUGCUAAUCGUUGGGGCUGCCAUUGACAUGGUGAGCUCCCAAGCCACAGUGACAGGCCAGGAGCUUUCAGAGGAACAGAAGUCCAAGCUCAACGACCAGCAGAAGGCGCUGGCGACCAAGGACGAGGAAGCCAAGGCAGAGGAGGCCAAGGUCGAGGAAACCAAGGCCGAGGCAGAGGAAGGGGCGAUCCGCAACAGGGGACCCGCCCGCAACAAGACCAGCCCCCCCACGCGUUCCGCGGCGCGGCGGAACGCGGAGAAGCGCAGCGGGCGGCGGGAUCCGCGGGAUCCGCGGGGGGGCGGCAGAGAGGAUGGGAUGUUUCGGCACUCGGAGAUCACGGGGGCGCACAAGGACGCGGUGAUGUCGGUGGUCAUGGCGGCCGACUGCAUCUACACCGCUUCGCGGGAUAAGACUUUGAAGAGGUGGAAGGUGAACGUCGGCGCCUCCGGGAAGUUCGAGCUCCAACCGGAGCGACCUGGGCAACGCGCGCAAUGCGCGGCGGUGGUGGGGUUAGAGGUGCCUUUGGGCGAGGUCUGUUGGUGCCUUAUCAGUGCUGGAGACUGGCUCUUCUGUGGCCUGGGCGAUGGCAACAUCAAGGGCUUCAUGAAGUCGGGACAGCAGACGGUGCUGAGCGGCCACCAGAAGCGGGUCUCCUGUUUGAUGACCCAUCAGCACGUGCUCUUGUCCGGCGCAUCGGACGGCGCGGUGAGAUGCUGGCAAAUGAACCCCCACACCACGACAUUUGAAUGCACGCAUGGGAUCUCCGAGGGCAUCUCGGGCAGCGUGACCGCGCUGGCGGUGCUCGGCGAGGGCUUGUGGGUGGGUGGCAGCUCAGGCUUGGCCUUGGUUGAGCUGGCCACACUGAAGGUGGUGAAGCAGUUGAACCCUCGCAAGUUCGUUGCAGGCCUCUUGCAGUUUGAAGGGCACAUGAUUGUGGUCUACGCUGAUGGCAGCAUUUGCAUCUUCGAUGGCUUGGGCGGCCUGAAGCACCAGCAGCCGGCGCUGCCGGCGGGGCCCGUGCUUUGCAUCGCCGGCCUCGAAUCCGGUCCAAGGGUGCUGUGCGGCCAUGCGAAAGGCCAAGUGAGCUCGAUCACUCUACCGAACUUCGUGCUCAAGAAGCACUGGCAAGCGCUCGAGAGGUGCAAGGUGCAGACCUUGUGCUGUGCCGGGCAUGAUGGCAUCUAUGUCCUUGGGGCGGAGAACGGCAGCCUUCAACUUUGGCAACGGGAUGGCUCCGUCGACAUUUGA